AUGAGCACGGCAAACAAUUAUGAAAUUGGGUUUUCUACCGAUCUUCGUCAGUAUUCGAGUCAGACAGCCACACUGAAAACUCCUGCUCACAAUGGAUCAGAACCAGCAAUCGAAGCUAUUGAACUCGAAACCGUACGUUUUACCGGCGAUCUACUUAUCGACCCUAAUGGGACGAUCUACCGCAACAUUGAAGGCAAACAAUACGUUAGAGAACCAAGUCCCGACAUUGAUAGUGCCUGGAGAGAUAUCAUUCGUGGCACUGGAGUUGAUUUAACAACCUCUGAUGCAGAACGUGCGGGAGUGAUCGGGAAAACAUAUCAAAAAUCAUCGGGUCACUACCUUGCAGGAAUGCAUAUCUUUCACGAGUUGCACUGUCUCAACAAGCUUCGUAAAGCUUCACAUCCAGAUUACUAUAAUGACUACGAUGGAGAAAGCUACGAUUACUGGCGACAACACCUUGACCACUGCAUUGAUUCACUUCGGCAGACAUUGAUGUGUAAUGGGGAUAUUUCACUAGUUACUGUGGACUGGAUUGAGGCCAGGAACAGGACCGUGCCGGAUUUAGAUAAUCUGCAUACUUGUAGAAACUUUAGCAAGUUACAGGAAUGGGCGUUGCGCCAUAAUGCUGAGGAACAUCCAAACAACCACCCUACAGAGGAUCAAAGAAAAGAAGCUUGGUUCAAGGAAAUUCCUGCCUAG